AUGCAACAUAAGAUUCGGCAAUCGGUCAACAAUAACAAUAUCCGGCACCUCGUGGAGCCUCAGAUUGCAAACCCACAAGUUGCUGCAGCAAGAGUGAACCCUAGCGGAGCAGAACACGAACAAAUCAUUGUGGGGUUCGAUGAGGUAUCACUGUCGAUAAUGGAUAGACUUACUGGAGAAUACCGGAAGCAGCUAGACAUCAUCUCGAUCGUGGGUAUGGGCGGAGUAGCAUACACAACACGAGAUCUGUUAAUAGGAAUAUUGGCAUCAAUGGGGAUAUCAGUUCAUGAAGCAAUUACUGAACAAAAACUCUGUGAAAUGGUGUAUAAAAGCUUAAAGGGUAGGAAAUAUUUGAUGGUGAUUGAUGAUAUCUGGAGUACCAAGGCAUGGGACAAUCUGAGACAAUGUUUCCCUGAUGAUAACAAAGGGAGUAGAAUUAUUCUAACCACUCGCCUUACAGAAGUUGCUUUGCAUGCAAAACCGGGUGGUUUCACUCACAAUCUACAAUGUUUAACUGAAGAAAAAAGUUGGGAGCUGUUGUGUAGGAAGAGUUUUAGGGGAUACGAAAGCCCUCAAACUUUGAUUGAAACAGGGAAGCAUAUAGCUCAAAAAUGUCAAGGUCUGCCACUUGCAUUAGUUGUGAUUGCAGGGAUUCUUGAGAAAGGAGAAAAGAGCAAAGAUCUUUGGGAGAAAGUUGCUGAAAGUGUGAGUUCAUACAUUGCCGAUGACCCUAAAGGAUGCUUAGAUACUUUAGCUCUGAGUUAUGAGCAUCUACCUCAUCAUUUGAAAAACUGCUUCCUCUAUGUAGCUGGGUUUCCAGAGGACUAUGAAAUCCAAGCACGGAGGUUGAUCCGCCUGUGGAUGGCUGAAGGGUUUGUUAAAGAAGAAAAAGAAACUGCUCAAAGAGGCUUUAGAGGAACAAGCUGA